AUGGUUGGGUUUUGCAAAAAAGAUAUGUAUAAUCAGAUUGAGAGAGAUAGAAGAGGACAGGAUGGGGAUGUUAAGGAGGCAGAAAAAUUCUUAAUAAGGUUGCGCUUAAAGGAUCCCAAGUUGUAUUGGGGUCACAAGGUUGAUUGUAAUGGGUGGUUGUUGCAUAUAUUCUGGUGUGAUGGUAUGAGUCAAAUUGAUUAUAACAUCUUUGGAGAUGUUGUUGCCUUUGAUGCUACUUAUGGGAGGAAUAAAUACAAAUGUCCUGUUGUAGUUUUUUCUGGUGUCAAUCAUCAUAAACAGACGUGUGUAUUUGGGUGUGCAGUUGUGUCUGAUGAAAAGAAAGAUACUUAUAUAUGGGUCCUUCAACAGUUUAUAACAACAAUGAAGGGUAAGUGUCCUAAUCGUGUGAUUACUGAUGGUGAUAUAUCAAUGAGGAAUGCCAUCAGGAAAGUUUUCCCAUAUGCUUAUCAUCGAUUGUGUGGGUGGCAUUUAAUGAGGAAUAAGUGGGCUUCUACCGUUGAGGAGUGUCAUUUGGGAGGUAAUGUAUGGGUUGAUGAAUUAUAUAAUAAGAAAGAGAUAUGGUGUACAGCUUACAUUAAGGGUAAGUUCUUUGCUGGGUUAAUGACAACCUCAAGAUGUGAGGGUUUACAUUCUCAAAUUGGUAAGUACGUUAAGUCAAGAAAUAACUUGAGAGAAUUUAUGGAGAAUUUUAAGCAAUGUGUUGAUAACAUUCGUAACAAUGAAAAAGAAAUGAAUUUUAAGUCAAGUUAUGGUCAUGUAGUGCCUGUAAGUCAUGCAUUUGAGUUGGAGAAAUUUGCAGCAAUGUGUAGUCGUAGACCAAAACAAUGGAAUGUGUCUUUGGAACCAACAAAAAUGGAGAUAUGUUGUUCCUGUCUUGCAAUGGAGUCUUUUGGUUUACCAUGUCCUCACAUUGUUGCAGUGCUGGUGUCCCUACAAGUUGACUACCUUCCAAGUUGUCUUCUGUUAAGUAGAUGGACAAAAUUGGCAAAGGGAGGUUAUAAAGAAUAUGACAAUGAAAUGAUCAGAAAUACUGAUGAAAGGUCACUACGGAGGAGUUGGUUUGGACUAUUAUGUGAGAGUGGAAGAUUAGUGUUCCAAUUGGCUUGUCAAAGUUACCAUGAGGUUUGUAAUGUUAGAGAAAUUUUGACAAGAGAAAUGCAACAGCUGAAAAGAAAGUAUGGACAUGAAGAGAGUGAUUCAACUAAUUAUAUCAUCAGUGAUAGUGGUGGAAUUGAUGCAGACAACCCCAUUGCCAAAACAAAUAAUACGGUGGGUACGUGCAGUGGUGUUGUUGGAAGGAAACGCAAGCGUGUGACACGGUGUGGUUACUGUAAAGUUGUUGGUCACUCUCAACGGGGUUUUGAUUGUUCAAACACGAUACCUGUUGAAGGAGAAGAAAGUUAA